AUGAGUGAGGCAGCACUGUACAUAAAAGACGACCUAAACAUCAACGACACUCAAAUCGAGAUCCUCAUCGGCAUCCUCAACCUCUACUCCCUCGCCGGCUCCAUCGCCGCCGGCUACACUUCCGACUGGAUCGGCCGCCGCUUCACUCUCGUCCUCGCCGCCUUCAUCUUCUUCCUCGGUGCUCUCCUCAUGGGCUUCGCCACCUCCUACAUCUUCCUCAUGAUCGGCCGUUUCGUCGCCGGCAUCGGCGUUGGCUACGCUCUCAUGAUCGCCCCCGUCUACACCGCCGAGGUUUCUCCGGCCUCUUCUCGUGGCUUCCUCACUUCCUUCCCUGAAGUCUUCUCUGCUUCACCACCGAUGCCACCUUCGUCUCUUCCAAGCGCAUCACCGUCGACACCACCUUCAUCUCCAUCUUUGCUUCAAGAUCAUUGA